ACAAGUAGUAUAUAAGUGUGUUUGUGAAAGAUUGGCAAAACGUAAUACGUUUUGGAAGCAUCCACCUAAACAUGGCCGCGCUAGAUCAUCAGGUGAAUCUGUUGGAUAUGUGUGGAGUUGAUGUAAUGGCCUCGAUGCUUCUUACUGACAUGAUCUUGGUGCACUGCGAUAUUGAAUAUCAUGAAUCCAGACUGGACUGUUUAAACAGUUGCUAUGGUAAUCCAUCAUGCAUCAUGUUCGACUUCAUCCCCUCGGUAAAUGAGUGCUGUUUCACCCAGACAAGCGACGCUAUUGAAUUUGAAUAUUAUCCUGGAGGAUCUGUUUAUUCGCUAACCACAGUUAAAAGUUCGUGUCGACACUCGGGCUAUACGUUUCUACGAACGUCAAACCGGUGCGUCAAGAUUGUGACGAACAACUCAACCGGCUGGGAGAAUGCAGAGAGGGUUUGUCGAGCCGAGGGAGGAAGACUGGUUCAACUCUAUAUGAUCUUCACAGAGGGCGACUUGAUUGAUACAGUAUACACAUCUGGCUCGAAGGUGUUCCAUGUUGGUAACGUCAGUGACGUUGGUGGAGGACGUCUGGGGAGGACGUGGGAGAACGGCGUUGCGGCAACGAUCGAAGGGACAUGUCUGCAGGUGUUCCAAGACAGCAGCGACACUGACGUGGAGUGCACGGAUGUACAGCCCUACAUAUGUGAAAUACCUUAGGUUGUUGUUGAACAUUAUCACCAUUCCGUGAUGUUCCAGGUUAGAAACAAGAAACGCAAUUGGGAUACGAUGACAUGUGUCAACCAAGUCAGGGAGUCUGACCAUCCGAUCCCGUG